CCAGGAUGAACUACCUUAAGCUGACCUUUAACAAACUGGAUGUGAACACGCUCAAUGACCUAGUAGCACAUGAAUCCUGCGGAGCUAUUUCGAUAUUUGUCGGCACAACCAGAGAUAACUUUCACGGCAAAACCGUUAUCUUGCUGCAGUAUGAGGCUUACGAAGCGAUGGCAGUCAAAACGAUGAACCACAUUUGCAAUGAAAUGCGUUUUCGGUGGCCUGACAUCAAGCACAUUGGUAUCCACCAUCGGCUGGGUACAGUUCCGGUAAAGGAAGCAUCAGUUAUAAUCGCUGUCAGUUCACCCCAUCGGAAAUCCAGCCUGGACGCGGUGCAGUUUGCCAUAGACGAAUUGAAAAAAAGUGUUCCUGUGUGGAAGAAGGAACAGUACGCCGAUGGACAGGGUUGCUCGGAGUGGAAAGAGAACAGCGAGUGCACGUGGUCUAAAGGGUACAGGGAGAAUCACGCUUUAUGAAAUUUAGUAGCUAAAGUCUUCAUUAUGAUCUUUGUUAUGAACAGUUGUUAGAAUGCACGAUGCUAAUCCUUGGUGCACGGACGUAGGCAAUGGUGCUAAAGCAUUUAAUGCUAUUUUGUGACAUCUUACACACAUACGUAGCAAAUAUAAAUAGGUCGAUUGGAAUGUCCAGAGAAUGAAUACACUUGUUUAGAGUUUA